AAUUAUCCAAGCACCAAGCUACUCACUCCAUUUUUACGAACUCUCUUUCCUUGGAACCAUUUUUUUUUAAUCAGUAACUCUGCUUCCAUAAACUGGCCUAGUAAUCUGUAAUCACUCCUUGAAAGCUCAGGUUUUGACACAAUCGAACGGGGGUGCGUGGGUGGAUGGAGAACGCCGACGUUUUCCUGGGUCUCCACGACUUUCUGGAGCGCAUGCGACAACCUUCCGCAGCAGAUUUCGUCAAAUCUAUCAAAAGUUUUAUCGUCUCAUUUUCAAACAAUGCUCCUGAUCCAGAGAAGGACGGUGCUGCAGUACAGGAGUUCCUUGUCAAUAUGGAAGCAGCUUUCAGGGUUCAUCCACUUUGGUCUGGUUGCUCAGAGGAGGAGCUGGAGAGUUCUGGGGAAGGACUAGAGAAGUAUGUCAUGACAAAGUUAUUUCCUCGUGUAUUUGCUUCACAUCCAAGUGAUGUAAAACUUGAUGACCAACUUUUUGAGAAGACCGCUUUGAUUCAACAAUUCAUUCGACCAGAAAAUUUGGAUAUUAAACCAACCUUUCAAAACGAAACAUCAUGGCUACUUGCACAGAAAGAACUGCAGAAGAUCAAUAUGUACAAGGCUCCUAGAGACAAGCUUGUUUGUAUCCUUAAUUGUUGCAAGGUUAUCGGUAACUUACUGCUUAAUGCUUCUAUUGCUUCAAAUGAGAACCCCCCUGGAGCUGAUGAAUUUCUUCCUGUCCUGAUUUACGUUACUAUAAAGGCAAACCCUCCGCAACUGCACUCCAAUUUGUUGUAUAUUCAAAGGUACAGGCAGCAAUCUCGAUUAGUUGCGGAAUCAGCAUAUUUUUUUACGAACAUGCUGUCUGCUGAGUCUUUCAUCUCCAACAUUGAUGCAAAGACGCUCUCCAUGGAUGAAAUUGAGUUUGAAAAGAACAUGGAGUCUGCUCGAGCACUUCUUUCUGGACUCUCAGCUGAUUGGGAUGGCCAGUCUGAUCAAAGUGAUAGAAAUGCAGCAGACGUGUCUACAGCAGAACAUGUGGAUCCUAAACAUUCAUCUUUUAAUGUUUCUAAUGAUGGGGAUUCCGCAACUCGAGAUCCGUUAUCAGUGACAAAAACUCCAUCCCUCUCCGAUUUGGAGAACAAAGGGGCAAUUAUGCUUUUGAAGGAGGAUAUGGUUAGCCAAGUCUUUCGGGAUUAUCCAUAUUUGUUUGCUCAUGUUGGUGAUCUAACAAUCGACAAUAUAGAAGACCUGCUGAACAAUUACAAACAACUUGUUUUCAAGUAUGUUUGUCUUUCCAAAGGGAUGGGUGCUACUACUCCUUCUCCUUUGCCCAGUUCUCAAACUCAGAAACUGCAGCAUAGAGUUGUUACCGAUAAAGAACCUGGAGAUACUAGUAGUGUAGAACCAAAUGAUGAUUCAAAAGAGCAUACCAGGGAAGAUGAUGGUUCAAAUAAAGUUCCUUUAUUACAGGAGGAUAUUCUUGAAUCCAAGUUGCCACAGGAUGAAGCAUUUUCAGCUCAAGGUGGGGGAAAUGAUGAGACUUCUCAAUGAUGUUUCUCUUAAAACAUGUUUCUUGUAAAAGUAAGUUGAAUUACAAAGGGAAAAAAAAGGCAGUCACCGAGCCAUUUUCUUUCCCUUUUCAUGAAGUGAAUGAGAAGCUCUUUUUUAAGCUUUAACUUUCUUUGGCAAUGAGUGACGGCCGUACGCAGAAAAAUCCGGAAUGGAAGAGGGUAGAAUUUGAUGGCAAUGCAUUACAUAACAUUCCAUGAAGAUGUAAAACAUUCUUGUCAAGGAGAAAUGUUUGAUUUACAUAGAAA